AUGAAGAUAAAAACGAUUAAAAGAAGUGCAGAUGAUUAUGUACCUGUAAAGAGUACUCAAGAAUCUCAAUUACCUCGUAAUUUAAAUCCUGAAUUGCAUCCAUUCGAAAGAGCUCGUGAAUAUAGUAAGGCUCUGAAUGCUACUAAAUUGGAAAGAAUGUUUGCCAAACCAUUUAUUGGUCAAUUAGGUUAUGGUUAUAGAGAUGGUGUCUAUUGUAUUGCUAAAAAUUAUAAUAGUUUGAACAAACUAGCUGCAGCCUCAGCGGAUGGUGUUGUCAAAUACUGGAACAUGUCAACAAGGGAAGAACUAUGUUCCUUUAAAGCCCAUUAUGGUUUGGUGACAGGUUUGUGUGUAUCUCCAGAAAAAUAUUCAAGUGAUAAAAAUGAACAUUUUAUGAUUUCCUGUGGUGAUGAUAAAACUAUUAAAUUAUGGUCUGUUAACAGUGAAGAUUUUGCUAAUGUUAAAGAUGAUGAAUCUGUAAACACAAAGGAUGGGCUAAUUAAAACUUUUUACGGUGAACACGCUUUCCAAGGUUUGGAUCACCAUAGAAACAAUUCUACUUUUGUUACAGGUGGUGCUCAAAUUCAAUUAUGGGACUCUAGUAGAUCUAAGCCAAUUUCUAAUCUAACCUGGGGUGCAGACAACGUAACAAACGUUAAGUUUAAUCAAACAGAAACCGAUAUUUUGGCCAGUACUGGUAGUGAUAAUUCGAUUGUCUUGUAUGAUUUGAGAACUAAUUCUCCAACUCAAAAAAUAGUACAAUCAAUGAGAAGUAAUGCUAUAUGUUGGAAUCCAAUGGAAGCCUUUAACUUUGUUAUUGCAAACGAAGAUCACAACGCUUAUUACUAUGAUAUGAGAAAUAUGUCAAGAGCAUUGAAUGUUUUUAAAGAUCAUGUAAGUGCUGUAAUGGAUGUUGAUUUUUCUCCAACAGGUACUGAAUUGGUUACUGGUUCAUAUGAUAAAACUAUAAGAAUAUACGAUAUUGGACAUGGUCAUUCUCGUGAAAUAUAUCACACCAAAAGAAUGCAACAUGUUUUCCAAGUUAAAUAUUCAAUGGACUCUAGAUAUAUUGUUAGUGGUUCUGAUGAUGGUAAUGUCAGACUAUGGAGAAGCAAAGCAUGGGAAAGAUCUAACGUUAAAACUACUCGUGAAAAGAAUAAAUUAGAAUAUGAUGAAAAACUAAAAGAAAGAUUCAAGCAUAUGCCAGAAAUCAAGAGAAUUAGCAGGCACAGACAUGUUCCACAAGUCAUCAAGAAAGCUCAAGAAAUUAAGAGAAUUGAAAUCAACUCUAUUAAAAGAAGGGAAGCUAAUGAAAGGCGUUCAAGAAAAGAUAUGCCAUUUGUAUCAGAAAGAAAGAAACAAAUUGUUGGUACUGUGUUUGACUAUCAAGACAAGAAAAGUCGGAAAUCAAAAAAGAAUAAGGAGGAAAAUAACGAAGAUAACUCUGGCAUCGAAGAUAAUUAA